GCUCUUAGGAAGAUGAGGAUAGUGAAAUGUUUAGGCCUCUGAUGCUGAGGUCCCAACAAUGAAUAUGCCAUUUCAGGUCGAACUUCUCAAAGCCAUCCAUAGGACUUGCCUCUCUGAAUCAUUCCGCAACGAUGACAACUCCCCUUGUCCUUAGCGUUUUCUGUAACCUAAGCCUUUGAAAUUCAAGUCAUACAUAUAGCGUUGAGCAUCGCGCCAUAUCUUCCUCUUCCUUCUCUCUCGUCUUCAUCACUCUGGAGGCAGAGAUUCUCCAGAAAGCAUGCCAUUCAAUUCACGGCAAUCAAAUGCUUCUCUAGAAACAUCAGUUUCUACGCUUGAAAUUUGAAACCAUCUUCUACACUUUUUGUUUACACUCGCGAAGCUUCGAUUUCUUUUGAGAAGUGGUUCUGCGGAUUGGUAACUUCUUGCAAAUAACGUAAGAUUUGAUGGGUGGAGGUAUGCAGAUGAUGCUUGAAGGUGUCGAAUCUGGAAACAAAGAUGUAGCAAUAUGUUCUUCAGGAAUCAAGUUCGUAUGGAAUAAUUGUCGAGAGGCUAAUUCUCAUUCCACUGGCUUAUUUGCAAGCAUUGGUCAAGCAGGAUUUGGAUUUGGUAUUCCACCGAACCCUCCAGCUGCUAGAGAGAGUGGAAAAACCUUCACGCUGGCAAAUUCAUCCAUGAAAUUCGUUUCAAUGCCUGAAGCCAGAUUUCGAACGGGUCUGUUUCCGCGAUUGUCGCUGGGAGGUAAUGACGACGACGACCUCGACGAUUCCUUUGAAAUUGAAGAUGAAGGUCUGGUGGUGAUGAAGAAGACAACAACGACGAAGACAAAGAGGAAUGGUCUAAGGUUGAAAUUGAAGAUUGGGAAUCCUUCGUUAAGGAGGUUGAUUAGUGGAGCCAUUGCUGGUGCAGUGUCAAGAUCUGCAGUAGCGCCAUUGGAGACUAUAAGGACACAUUUGAUGGUGGGACUCUCUGGAAAUUCUGCUCUUGAGGUUUUCCGUUCUGUAGUGGUAGCUGAUGGAUGGAAGGGCCUGUACAGGGGUAAUUUCGUAAAUGUAAUUCGUGUUGCCCCAAGCAAGGGCAUUGAGUUAUUUGUAUAUGAUACUGUGAAGAAGCAUUUGUCUCCUAAACCUGGUGAGCAGCCAAAACUUCCAAUUCCAGCUCCAUCAGUUGCUGGUGCUCUUGCUGGUGUUAGCUCGACUCUUUGCACAUACCCUCUAGAGUUGCUCAAAACUCGUCUCACUGUUCAGAGAGGGGUGUAUAAGAACUUUCUAGAUGCAUUUAUGAGAAUUAUUAAAGAUGAAGGUCCAGCAGAACUGUACAGAGGCCUCACCCCAAGUAUAAUUGGUGUGAUCCCCUUUGCUGCCACAAACUAUCUUGCUUAUGAUACACUGCAAAAAGCAUACAAGAAAGCUUUCAACAAGGAGGAAGUUGGGAAUGUGAUGACCCUUUUGAUUGGAUCAGCUUCAAGUGCAUUUUCAAGCACCGUGACGUUCCCACUUGAGGUGGCUCGCAAGCACAUGCAGGCUGGGGCUGUAAAUGGAAGACAGUAUAGCAAUGUGCUUCAUGCUCUUGUAACUAUACUUGAAAAGGAGGGCCCUGCAGGUCUGUACAGAGGAUUAGGGCCAAGCUGGUUAAAACUUAUUCCUGCUGCUGGUAUUUCUUUCAUGUGCUAUGAAGCAUGCAAGAAGAUACUUAUUGAGCAACAAGAAAUCUAACAGCUUCAAAUUCCUUUCACACUAUAGCUUGGUUUGAAUGGAGAGAAAAGUAAGAAGAAAAUAGAAAGGAAAGAAAACUAUAAGGAGAAGUUUUCAAAAAUAAUAUAUAUAUAUAUAUAUAUUUUUACCAUUUUUGAGAGUUUCCCUCCUAGUGUUUUUUCUCCCAAUUUUUCUCUCUAUCCGAACGAAAGGUACAAGUUUGAAGAGCUUAAGAAGGAAAAAUGUCUUCCAUAGUUGCAGAAUAGAUCACACGUUUGAAAAUUUUGAGGUGGAGUUUUUUUUUGCAAUUGUUAUUCACUGAUUAUAACUGAAUUUUUUUUUCCUUCGUUAAAAUAUUGUUCGAGGUAUCUCUCUGUACAUGGGAUCACAACUGGGCAAUUAAAUUAGAUCCUUUAUAUUUAAACAUUCAUGUAUGAGGACCGAUACACGAGGGAGUAAUACAGAAUAUGAUCGUGCAUUGGGCGUCCAUUAAUCUACUUGUUCACCUGUCA